UUGACAUAAUACGACACCUUCUUAAGAAGACAGAAAGAAAUGUGACAACGUAAGACAGCUAUGGCGUUCCAUAUUACUACCUAUAAGCGUUAUCGAACAGUCAAUCGCGUGCCACGUGAUCAUAAUCCGAGUGAGGCGUUACAUAUUUACCUCUGUAUGUUCGUGCAUUGAUUAAGGUUAAGCUUAACAAAAUCAGAGAUAACAUGGCGGACACUAGUUCUGACGUAACAUACGAUUAUUGUUGUAAUGCCUGCGAGGAGGAUAAUGUCAACAAGGAGGCCUUGUUCUACUGUCAGCAAUGUUCGAAGGGAUUCUGUGAUAAAUGUAUUGAUAAUCACAAGAAACUGUUUAAGAAACACCAACCAUUUGGUAGGAAGGAACUAAAUAAGUGGCCCGUUGCCAAGGCAGCAAUUGAUCUCCUGCUGAAUUGUCAACAACACCCUGAUCACCGAAUUGAGCUGUUCUGUGAAGACCACAAGAAACUGUGUUGUGUUCUGUGUCUCCUUCACGAUCAUAAGCAAUGCAACAAAAUAGUGCAGACAGCAGAAAAGGCAAAGAAGAUGAAUAAGUCAGAUGUUCAGCGAUUAGCAGAUACUAUUGUCGUUGAACAGCAUAAACUUAAGAACGAAAUCGAUACGGCGAACGAAUGCUUACAGAAACUGCAAGAGGCGUAUGAUAGAGCACGUACAGAGAUACAGAUAUUCCGCAAGAAAAUCAGCGACUUAUUGGACCAGUUGGAGAGGAAUACUGUACAGACUCUGGACACAUUGCUUUGUAAAUUGAGAGAGGCUAUAAAAACGGACAUUGAGAAAUGUUCAAAGCUUACGGAGGACUUUACAAGUAUCCAGAAAACAAUUAAACACGUCGACUGCGGUAGGCCGAACGUCCAGAUAUUUAUUUCCAAUUCAAAAUCCACAGAAAUGGUUUUAAACGUGCACACAUUGUUAAGCAAACUAUCUGCAAACCGAACUGUUAACAUAAAUUUUCGAUGUAAUCCUGAUAUGGAACAAUUUUUAUCUGGCCUCUCUGACCUGGGAAAUGUUGAAGGUUUAAAUCGAGGGUCAGAAGUAUGUUUAUCAGGCGAAAUAGUUAAGUGUAAAGAGAUUAUGCUUUACAGUGUCAAACUGGCAUCUGAUCAGAAAACCUGUUCGAUAACAGGCAUAUGUGAGCUACCUAAUGGAGAACUCAUUGUGGUGGAUAACACAAACCAGAACGUGAAGCUACUCGAUAUGCAGUUCAACGUUGUCGCCAACACAGUCCUACAACACAGCCCAAGCGACAUGUGCAGUAUCAGUCCUAAUGAGGUCGCUAUUGCAUCUGAGAGUGGACGCACGAUCCAAUUCCUCACUGUCAACAACAGACAUAUAGUGUUAGGCAGGACAUUGCAAUUUAAACAUGAUUGUCAUGGAAUCGCACAUUAUAAAGGGAGUGUGUUUGUUACAUCAGGUACUACGUUGUGUCAGUACACACUGGAUGGUCAGCUCGUGAAGAAUAUCUAUGAAGAUACUUUAUAUUUAAACACAGAAAUGGAUCAAGCCAGCCAACCGAAGAAAGCCAGCAGUGAACCACACCCAGCUGCAGUAGCCCCCAUAGUCCCUGUCCCCCGCCCACAGGAGCCGGAACCCACUCUUCUUGGAGCAACCGGGUACACGCCAACAUCGCCAUCAAAGGGGUCUACCGAUGGAUACCAGCCUAAGACUCCGAAAUCCCAGCCCAAGACGUCGACUUCCGCUGAAAACGCAACGACUGCUCCGUCGACGCCCGCGAGAUUCAACGUUGGGGAGAAAGUGCACACGUUCGCUGCAGGAGAGAAGGCCAGGGUCACCAACAGCCUGCAGAACCUCAAGAUGCUGCAGAACGAGAGCUGCGGCUGGAACGAAAUGAUGGAGAAGGUGGUGGGGCAGGUGGGUACGGUGGAGGAAGUAGACGAGGACGGUGAUGUCGUGGUGGCGUUUGACGGCGACAACACCUGGACGCUCAAUCCAGAGGCGCUCACCCCAUGUAGCGACAGCGACGCUGAGAGUUCUCUCAAACAAGUGUACAAGUGCGCAGUAAGUCCCGAUGGAUCACGACUCUAUGUAACCAGUCACGAUCACAGCAAGCUCUUCACCCUGUCUACGGAUGGGACUGUCCUGUCAUCCUUGGAGGAUCCUACACUUCGAGGUCCUACAGGUGUACACGUGUCAGAGACAAGACAGCUGUUUGUAUGUGGGUGGGGAUCUCACAACGUAGUUCAGGUGGAUGGUAAGGGAGGAGUGGUGACGCUGGCUUCCAAGGAGGAUGGUCUGGAUAGACCAGAGUCUGUAUACUACAGUGCGAGUAGUGGCAGUUUGAUUGUUGGACAGAGCAGUGACAAUAUCUUAGUUUUUAACUCAAAAUGAGUUAAGUUUUAAAAAUAUUUGCCAUACAAUAACUUAAACUAUGUAUAUUAUAUAUCUAUUUUCGUAAGCGUAAUUCUCUAAUUUUAACACAAAAUUCAUAUUUAAAAUGGACCUUUUAAAAUCAUUUUGUAAACAUCUUUUAGCCAAAUUAUAAUGCUGCCUGUUUGAAAUUAAUUUGCUUAUGAACUCGUUUUAUAUCAUAUUGUAAUAUUUUGGCUCUAUAUCGUCACAAGGAGGAUGGUCUGUAUUAUCCAGAAUCUGUAUACUACAGUGCUCGUACUGGAAGGCUGACUGUUGGACAGCACAGUGACAACAUCAUAAUGUUGCACUUAGAAUGAGUUAAUUUUUUCAAAAUAUUUUCCAUGAAAUAACUUUAACCAUGUAUAUUGAAUGUCUUUAUACAUACGCGUUAUUCUAUGAUUUUAACAAUAUUCUUAUUUAAAUUUGACAUUUUAAAAUCGUUAUGUAAUAAUCCUUUAGCCAAAUUAUGAUGCUGCCUGUUUGCAAUGUAUUUGCUUGUGAACACGUAUUAUAUCGUAUUGCAAUAUUUUGGCACUAUAUCUUCAUAAGCUCAUUAGGUAAAAUCUUUCGCAUUGUAUCUUAAUACAUAUAUGUCUAAAUAAUAUCUUAAAUAAAUGUGUUUACAAGGUAUACAAAUUAUUUGUUGAAUCAUUUUAUUUCGAACAUAUAUAUUACGACCAUAUGGCACAUGUUUUGUGUGAAUGCGAAGUGUUGUCCUCGUUUAGACACAGUUACUUCGACCAGAUAGACACAGCAUUCGGAAAUUCAGUUAAACAUCAACUCGAAUCCAUGAACAGCAUAGACAUGAGCUUGAGAGUUGUCGGGGCUCCAAUAGAACCCAUACUCGGAGUAGGAAAAAACAAUGUAUUUCUGCAACUGUCAUACACUUUCAUUGUAAACUGUAUACAUAUUGCUUGUAAAAUAUGUCUAUGUUAAACAUCUUGUAACAAGUCCUUAAUUUUGAAAAAAGUAUUCAUGGACUUGAAAAAAAACGCACUGUGUAUCUAUCAUACACUUCAAUUGUAUCACAUGCAGAUGUAUAUUUAUAAUGCACUUAUAUCAUAAUUUGUAGAUAACUGUUAUUAUAACAUGCUCAAAAUCUCCAUUAUGGGGAAAUAAAG